CUUUGUGAAACCCACGACUGCGGCAUUUGGACGCACCUGUCUCUCAGUGGAAACAAAAAUAUUUUGUUUGAAGAUAACCAAGUUGUUGGAGGGUGUGCGGGGAUUUCCUUCAUUUCACUGUAAAUUCCUCUCUUCAGGACAACCCAGUCUUUACCUGACAAAAUGCUCAAGUAAGUGAAGUUACCCUGCUGCAACAUGUAAUGUCACUGUGGUGAUAUGGCUAACAGUAAAGUGAAUCACUCACCUCAGAAACCUGGUGCAAAUAACAAUACUGCUGCGAUGGGGGAAGGACAGGGAAGUAACAAACUACAAAGGAAGUGGGAAGUGUAUCCAGGGAGAAAUAAGUUCUUCUGCAAUGGACGAAUAGUUUCUUCACCCGAUAUUCAGGGAUUUCUUUGCUGCAUGGCCCUAAUCAUUGUAACAGGUGGGUUAUUUUUUGCAUUAGAUUGCCCCUACCUAGCUGUGAAGGUACACCCAGUUAUCCCUGUUGUUGGAGGCGUGCUUUUCAUCUUAAUCAUUGGAUGCUUGGUCCAGACAACGUUCAUCGAUCCAGGAAUCAUUCCCCGUGCCACCCUUCCAGAGGCAUUAGAGACAGAUCGCUUAUACCAGUUGGAGUGUCAAAACCAAGAAAAUGCUGCCAACAAUGGAGCAUAUCAACCUCCCAGGUAUAAAGAGGUGAUGAUUAAGGGGAGACAAUUCAAGUUGUCUUACUGUCAAACAUGUCAAAUGUAUCGUCCUCCAAGAGCUUCGCACUGCAGUCGAUGUAACAAUUGUGUAGAACGAUUUGACCAUCAUUGUCCAAUGGUCAGCAACUGUAUCGGCAAGAGGAAUUAUAGAUACUUCUAUUUGUUUGUGACCUUCACAGCCUUAAUGUGCUGUUACGUGCUUGGCUGCAAUGUAGCUGUGAUAGUGCUACGAGCUAAAGACACAGAUAUAGGUGAGGCAUUCAAGAAGUCUGCAGGGAGCAUUAUUGAAGGCGUAAUCUGUUUGGGAUGUCUCGCUUCUGUAGGAGGACUUUCAUGUUACCAUUCUAUGUUGGUAUGCAAAGAACAAACGACCAAUGAGGAUAUUAAAGGCACAUACAACCCUCGCAAGUUCAAAGAUGCAUCAAAUCCAUACAGCCACGGGAAUUUUAUUACAAACUGCUGUGCUGUUCUAUGCGGACCAAGACACCCAAGCUUGAUUGACAGGAGGGGAUUCGUGGACCCUUCCGAGGAUACUCAAGCUAUUGUUGAUACAGCUAAUGCUCGAGGCAGGAUACCAGGUGCUUUGCAUGUGUAAUCAAAGAAAAGAACUGUUGUUUUUUUGGAACUUGUUAGUGUUAUACUUCAUAGUUCUGUUCUUAAAUCCUGCUGUUUCAGAGUUCGAAAUAUCCUUAUUCAUUUUAUAUAGUUCUUCAGAAAAUGUGUGACAACUUAUGAUCAGUCCUCAAUUAGCAUAUUUAUACAUCGACAAAAUGCUGAUUUGUACCAAUAAAAAUAUCUGACUAACUAUUUUUAUAGAUAGAAAUAUGUUUGUUAAGUUUUCGUUAAUGUAUGUUAUCUUAUGAUUUUUGACAUGAAUGUAAUAACUAUUUACCGUACUGCAAGACCAAUCUUAUAGUAGUACAUGUAGCUGACGCAUCUUGGCCUAUAUACAUAUUGUUUAUUAGAGUGUGAUAUAACCCAGCUUUGCCUUCUAUGCUUAUGCUCAAGAUUUGUGCUCUUGUAGGGUUUUAGCUAAGGAGUUAUGGAAGGGUGCUGCACCCUGCCCUUUGUUGGUAGCAUCCUUCAGCCUUCAUGGAGACCACCAUGUGUACCCUCCUGCCAUGAUAGAAUCGAAUGCUUAAAAUAAUAAAAACAAUCUCUUUUUUUUUUAUUAAAACUUAAAAUAUUAUUAUAAAUUCACACAACCUAUGACAUAUUUGGCAGUUGAAACCUAUUUUUAACCAGGUUAUCACAUAGUGAAACCUGGUUAUUAGAAUGAUGAAGGUCGUUGUUCGGGCGGGCGGCAGGGCGGCGUCAAACUCACCUAUGAAACUGAAUAAUUUCAAUAAGGAUUGACAUAUCUUGACCAAACUUGGUCUAUAGGAAGAGUUUAUGGAUACCUUUCAUGGGAUUGCGUUUGGGGUUCAUAGAGACAAGGUCAAGGUCAAUGUUACUAAAAAUAGAAAAACGGUUGAAACUGAAUAACUUUAGUUAGGGUUGACCUAUCUUGACUCAACUUGGUAUAAAGGAAGAGUUUAUGGAUACCUUUCAUGGGAUUGCGUUUGGGGCCUUUAGAAUCAAGGUCACUGUUACUAAAAAUAGAAAAACAGUUGAAACUGUAUAGGCUGAAGUUCUUUUGUCAAUCAUUGAAAACCUGGUUUCGUCACAUUGCGGCGUUUCUUGUUACUUCAAUUAAGCACAAUUUCUACUUUUUAUUUGAAACUCAUUAAGUUCAAUUUAUUCACUAGUAGACACACAGUGCCAUUUUUUCCCUAAGCACUCCGACCUUUUUCUAGCACAGCACCCUGUCCUUUUAAAAACCUUGCUCUUGUGUUGCUGUUUUGCACAUGGAUUGUUGUGGUAUUUUAUUUUAGCACAGAGCUUAAGUUUACAAGGAAAUUUAAUAAUUCAGUUUAUGUAUGCACAUGUAUUUCAUUUUUACUUUGCUUUUUGUCAAACUGGAUAAUACAAAAUGUUAUUACAAUCAAUUAUCUUCAAUGACCAAUUUUAUUUUAUAUGAAAUUUGAAUGUGUUGUUUAGUUGGUAAUCUUGGACCAUUUUACAAUGGCAACUUACUACAUUUAUUUAAUUAUAUUUUUUAGAAUCAUGAAAUCCUGCUUUUGUUUGACAUUUGGACAUUGCCUGUCAGAGAAUUUCCAUUAUAGUUUAAUUCUGCACUCUGUAUAUGUAUGCAAAAAAAAUGACAAAAUUGCAGCAGUUUCAUGUCAAUAUUGAAAAUUAACAUUUUUUAACUAAAAAUGUGAAUGUGAUACAAGAUUAAAACUGUUAUUUGAUUUGAAUUAAACGAUCUUAAGAGUCAACGUGAUAUAUACUGCCAAAGGGAUAUUGAUUAAGUAAGUGAAACUCAGAUGUUCCAUUUUUGUGCAAGCAAAGUUGUCAUAUGAUCACAAUUAUGAUGACUAUUGAAAUAGACUAUAGUUAAUAUUAAUUUUUGUUUAGUUGUCAUUUGCUCGUUCCUGUGAUUGCUCUUGAAAAAGAUUAUAGUAAAUGUUACCUUUUGUUUAGCUGUAAAAGGCUCCUUGAUAAGCUGACUCUUUAAAUAGACUAUAGUAAAUGUUACCUUUUGUUUAGUUGUAAAAGGCUCACUGAUACGAUGACUCUUUUAAAAAAACUAUAGUAAAUGUUACCUUUUGUUUAGCUGUAAAAGGCUCCUUGAUAUGAUGACUCUUUAAAUAGACUAUAGUAAAUGUUACCUUUUGUUUAGCUGUAAAAGGCUCCUUGAUACAAUGACUCUUUAAAUAUACUAUAGUAAAUGUUACCUUUUGUUUAUCUGUUAAAGGCUCCAGGAUAUGAUGGCUCAGUAAAUAGACUAUAGUUAAUGUUACUUUUUGUUUAGUUGCCAUUGGCUUGUUUAUGUGAUGGCUCUUCAAAUAGACUAUAGUAAAUGUUUCCUUUUGUUUAUUUGUCAUAGGCUCCUUGAUAUGAUGGCUCUUUAAAUAGACUAUAGUUAAUGUUACCUUUUGUUAAGUUGCCAUUGGCUUGUUUAUGUGAUGACUCUUCAAAUAGACUAUAGUUAAUUUCCUUUUGUUAGCUGUCAUUUGCUUGUUCAUGUGAUGGCUCUUAAAACAGAUUAAAGUAAAUGUUACAUUUUGUUUAGUUGUCAUUGGCUUGUUGAUGUGAUGGCUCGUGAAAUAAACUAUAGUUAAUGUUUCAAAUUAAUGUUUCAUUUUGUUUAUUGUUAUUUGUCAUUGGCUUCUUGGUACGAUAGCUCUUGAAAUAGACUAUAGAUAUUGUAACCUUCUGUUUUGUUGUCAUAGGUAAGUUGAUAGAAUGGCUCUUAAAAUAGACUAUAGUUAUUGUAACUGGCUGUUAAGUUGUCACAGGCGUUUUGAUAGGAUGGCUCUUGACAUAGAUAUAGUUAUAUUAGCCUUCUGUCAGUUUUACAAGUAAACUAGGUAUUCACCACACUUGUACAUAUUAGUGUCAUUUGCAAAGAUGUAGUUGAUGAUCAGUUGGCUAUGGUUUUGGUUAAUAUUGUUUCUCUUCCAAGCUUCUUUUUUUGUGUGUCUUUGUAUAUAUUGAUUUUAAGAGAAUUUUUGUGAUGAUACUAAUUUAUGGUGAUAUAUGGUAUGUAUGUAGAAUAACUAACUUAAAAGAUGUUUCACUAGUAAAAAUUCAAAACAUUAAAACCAUUGUUUACACUGUUGUGUAAAAGAUCACAUGCUCUAGGUUUUUGCAAUUUUAUAUUAUCAUUUCUUUAUUUCAUAUCAUAUUUAUUUCAUUGUUGUAGAAAGCUAUUUAUUUUUCUACUCUAAAAAGUACUACUUAAUGUAUUAUUUAAUUUGUACACUGUAAUGGCAUAUAUUUCAUUAUAUAAAACAUGA